AUGGCGUCAGAAAAGAAGCAGUCGAACCCGAUGCGGGAGAUCAAGGUGCAGAAGCUCGUGCUCAACAUCUCCGUUGGAGAGAGUGGUGAUCGACUCACCCGCGCCGCCAAGGUGUUGGAGCAGUUGAGUGGGCAGUCCCCUGUUUUCUCCAAGGCAAGGUAUACUGUGAGGUCUUUCGGUAUUCGUCGUAAUGAGAAGAUCGCAUGCUAUGUUACAGUCAGGGGUGAGAAGGCGAUGCAGCUUCUUGAGAGUGGCCUCAAGGUGAAGGAGUAUGAGCUUCUGAGGAGGAACUUCAGUGAGACUGGCUGCUUUGGUUUUGGUAUUCAGGAGCACAUUGAUCUUGGCAUCAAGUAUGACCCGUCUACUGGUAUUUAUGGUAUGGACUUUUACGUCGUUCUGGAGCGGGCUGGUUACCGUGUCGCUCGCCGGCGCAGGUGCAAGUCUCGCGUAGGCAUCCAGCACAGGGUGACCAAAGAAGAUGCCAUGAAGUGGUUCCAGGUGAAGUACGAAGGUGUCAUCCUCAACAAGGCCCAAGCAAACACCUCGUGA